AUGCCAGAAAACGACCCAAGUGCCACUGCCGACGACAAGGAUUCUCCUACCCCCAACGAGGGUUCACCUUCCUCUAGCUCUAUUAGCUACAGUUCCUGCUCUGACGAUUGCCGUCACCUUGCUCAUAUCGAAGCCAUACCAAUCCGUCAUGGCGGUCGUCUUCGCCUUGUCCGCCGCGCCCGUGUAGCCUUCACCGAAGACACUUGGCAUGUUAUCAACUGGAACUGUGGGGGUCCCGAUAUAGAUAUUUGCUACAGAGUUCCAGGCCACAAGAACACCUGGAUCGCAAGAUUAUCCACAGACGACAAUGGAAAGAUGAUGUUGGAGCUUCUACGCCUUAUCGAGUCUCGCUGUACCGAUAAACAAAAGGUUUACGACCGAAACCACUACAUCGGCUACGAUGAAGAGGACGGAGAAGACGCCAUGUCGAUAAUCAUCGAACUGUUCGAGGGGACGGGUGAAGGAAGUAUCACGGAAGUCCUGACUGAACCAGAGAAAAUCCCUUUACUUCAGGCAAAACUGGGAUUCGGGGUAAUGGAAUAUUAA